GUCAUAAAAAUAUUUCUUCGCAUUUUAUUAUUUUCGUUUGAUCCACACAGGCGUUUAAAUAUUUUUUUGAAACCAACAUGAGUUUCUCUUUGGUGCGGAAGUACUUAAACCAAAUGGGGACGCCAAAGUUCCGAUCGACUUUGUGUCGCAGCUAUAUACCCAUGGCAGGUCCACCACGGUUUCCGAUGAGCGGUGCCCAACGCUUUAUCAUGGGAGGCGGAACCAUGGUUAUCAUGAUGAUCAUUCCCUUCUGGUGCCUAUUCAACAUGCCUCGAUGGUCGAGGAUGCACUUGGGCCUUCCGCCGUUGGAGGAGGAGGAACAGAAAGAGGAGCCACCACCGGCAGAAGCACAGGAGGAGGAGUCCAAGGACAAAGGCAAGGACAAAGGCAAGGAUAAGGACAAGGGCAAGGAAAAGGACAAGGGCAAGGAAAAGGACAAGAAGGAAGAGAAGAAAUAAACACAACACGAACUCUUUUUAAACGGUGACUUCUUAGAUACUUUUACUGGGGUCUUCACAAGAUCAUGCAUUAGUAUCCUUAA